AUGGUCUCCCUCGCCACCGCUUCGCGCAGCCCAGCGACGGCUAUCAAACCUACCACUACUGCAACCAACCCCUCGAAGAUGCUUGCCAGGUCAUCCCCUAUACCAAUUCUGAAGUCAUCCAAAACAGAUAGCGCCGGUACGAAACGCAAGAUGGCUGACGCCGAUCUCUCCCUGUCCCCGUCCUCGUCUGGCGCCUCCGACGCGAGUGACGGGCCGCCCAGCCCCAAGAAGCGGGCUCGAGUCCAGUUCGAGUCGGAUGUAUCGAUGCGUGAAGUUCCAUGGAAUGGCAAGGAGAAUGGAGAUAAUAAUAUUAAUAAUAAUAGUCAACGGACCACCGACAAAAGUGCCGCAGUGGUCCGGGAGGAGGUCCGCAGAGCUAUUCAACGGCAUAUCUCGGGCACCGACAGUGAAGCCUACGACCGCAUCAAGGAGAUCUUCUCGGCAGACCCUAGGCGCCGGGAUGAAGAUGGUCUUUCCUCAUACGAGGUGCCUACGCACACUACGUUGAGACACCAUCUCCUGGGCCUACUGUCGAACGUUGCCUCCCUGGAUCGCAGUUGCAACGGCUUGGUGCACGCGGUGUUGAACAGUGAAUGGCUCGGGCGUGAUGAGUCGUAUAUUAAGCUGUACAUUCGCUUUCUGGGCAAUCUUGCAGCCGCCCAGGGAACUUACCUGGGGCCGGUGCUGAAGAUGCUGGUCAAUUAUAUGGGAGAAAUCCCCAAGGCUACGGGCAAACUGCCCGGAUAUGCGCCUGUUCAUGUUCCAGAAAUCUACACGCGGAUCCACAUGGCUCUCCGCCAUAUCAUGCAAUUGAUUCCUUCCGGUAGCGGCACGCUGUCUCCUAUCCUCUCCAUGCAAUUUCCUUUUGAUACGGAUUCUGCCAAGGCGAACAUUGCGUAUACGCGGAAUCUGAUUAGAGUUAUCAGUUAUGCCCCUGAAUUGCAGGCAGACAUCCUUGCUCUCGUUACUGAGAAGCUCGUCAAGAUUGAUGUUCAGAUCCAGGUGGACAUGGAAGACUUUGAGGACGAGGUCGGCGAGGAUCUGCUCCAUGAUGUGAAUCCUGAAGAGGACGAGGAUGAUGAAGCUGAUGAUGCGUCUAUCGUGAGCGACGAGUCUGUCGAUACCGACUCUCGACGGGUGAAGACCAUCAAGGAUAACAUCUUUAAGUUGGAUGGCAUGAUUGAUUGUCUCUUUGAAUAUUACUCGCCUCCAUUCACAUCGGGCACCUUGGACGACAAGGAAAAUGCCCUUGACCUCCUGCUCAGUCAUUUCCAGGGAAUUAUCCUCCCAACCUACCGCUCGCGUCACACACAAUUCCUCCUUUUCCACUUCUCUCAGUCAUCCCCGAUCCUCGUCGACCGCUUUGCUGCCAGCUGUGUUCAGCUCAUCUUCAACAAGCUGCAACCAGGUAUUCUGCGUCAAUCUGCUGCUGCCUACCUCGCCAGCUUUGUCGCCCGAGGUGCCCACGUCUCUGGAGAGGUCGUUAGGGACGUGUUCGACCUUUUGGGAACACAUCUGAGCAACCUCCGCGUGGAGUACGAAGAUAGCUGUCGGGGUCCGGACCUCCGCCGUUAUGGACCAUUCUACUCCACGGCCCAGGCCCUCCUUUACAUCUUCUGCUUCCGUUGGCGAGACUUGACUACUGCCGCUAUGGAGGGCGAUACCGCCGACCAAGUGGAUGAGCUCGAGCCGGAAGAGAUCGCCUUCCCACCAUCGGUCUACGAAGUGCUCCACCGUGGUAUCUUCUCCAAGCUGAACCCUCUCAAGGUCUGCUCGCCGGUCAUUGUCUCGGAGUUUGCGCGGAUCACGCACCAUCUGCAAUUCAUCUCUGUCAUCUCCAUCCUUGAAACAAACAAGAGACUCCGCAUCUCCUCAUUCCGCAGUAUCUCCGCCCUAUCAGACCCCCGCUUCAGCCAAGUGGAACGCGAGACUCGCGCUGGCGAUGACCUCGGCUACCAGCUCGACGCAUACUUCCCCUUUGACCCAUACCAGCUACCGCGCAGCCGUCGCUGGUUGGAAGACGACUACGUCCAAUGGCGAGGUAUCCCCGGCUUGGAUGACCAGGAUGAUUCCGACAGUGAACUCGACGAUGACGACGACGACGAUGUGGAUGACAUGACUGAAACCGACGAGGAGUAA